GGCAGCCUCACUGGAAACCCCAGUAAGGGCUUGACACCUGCCUCUCCUGUUUCCUCCGCAGGCUAUGGGCACGCUGCCCCGGGCACGGAUGCUGGCAAAGUGUUCUGCAUGUUCUAUGCCAUCCUGGGCAUCCCUCUGACACUGGUCAUGUUCCAGAGCCUGGGGGAGCGCAUGAACACUGUUGUGCGGCUACUGCUCAAGAAGAUCAAGAAGUGCCUGGGCAUGAGGACAACCAAUGUCUCCAUGGAGAACAUGGUCCUCGUUGGCUUUCUUUCCUGCAUGGGCACCCUGUGCAUCGGCGCAGCAGCCUUCUCUUAUUUCGAGGGCUGGACUUUCUUUCAUGCCUAUUACUAUUGCUUCAUAACCUUGACCACUAUUGGCUUUGGAGACUUUGUGGCUCUGCAGAAGAACGAGGCUUUGCAAAAGAAGCCCCCAUACGUGGCUUUCAGCUUCAUGUACAUCCUGGUGGGCCUGACUGUCAUCGGCGCCUUCCUCAACCUGGUGGUGCUGCGGUUCCUGACGAUGAACUCUGAGGACGAGCGGCGCGACGCCGAGGAGCGAGCGUCACUGAGGAGAGCCCGGAACAACAUCCACCUCAAGCCCAAAGAGGACAGCCGGAGCAGCAAUGCCAUUUUUCUACCCGCGGAGGACAGGACGAGCCAGAUGAACCUCAUCCCGCUGAUCCACGAGGAACCUCAGCUGUGCGGCAGCCCAGCGCCCUCCCACCCCGAGACCCUGAGCUGCCACACCAACCCCGUGUAUUACAACUCCAUUUCCUACAAAAUCGACGAGGUGUCCCUGAGCACGCGGGGACAGACCGGCUCCUCCCCAGGGAGCACUUUGUCAUCCAACAGCCCUCGCUGCCGGCAGCACCCCCGGCUGCGGAGGAAAUCCAUCUAG